AUGAAUGCAAGCAUUCUUACCAAGGUAGCGGCCCCGGGCCGUCUGCUCUCCAGCCGUAUCUCCCGGCAACCCAAGCUCAAGGACUCUGUCUGCAAGCGCGCCCAGAUUCAUACCGUCACUUAUACCGUCAGACCCACGAACUCCUCAGCUGCACGAGUGACAUGCCAAGCUCCUUCGACCAAGCAUGCUUUCCAUGCAACGUCCAGAAACCUCGCCCCGAGCGACCCUUACAAGACCCUUGGCGUCGACAAGUCUGCGUCUGCGGGUGACAUCAAGAAGGCGUACUACGGCUUGGCGAAGAAAUACCAUCCCGAUACGAACAAAGAUGCCGGCGCGAAGGAGAAGUUUGGAGAGAUCCAGAGCGCAUACGAAAUUCUGUCCGACCCGAAGAAGAAGCAGCAAUUCGAUCAGUACGGCGCGGCUGGUUUCGAUCCCAGUGGUGCACCCGGCGGCGAUCCCUUCGGAGGAGCAGGAAACCCAUUCGGCGGCGGGUUCGGUGGCCAGGGAGGCUUCGGCGGCGGCUUCAACUUCGACGACAUCUUCUCGGCAUUCACGGGCGGUCAGGGCUCGCCAUUCGGACGCCGCGCCAGCGGCCGGAACCCGUUCCAGCAGGAAAUCCUCGUUGGCGACAACAUUGAGGUUCAGUCGAGCAUAUCCUUCAUGGAAGCGGCCAAGGGAACGAGCAAGACCAUUACUGUGACGCCCCUGACCGAGUGUGGGACAUGUGCAGGCAGCGGCUUGAAGCAGGGCACCAAAAGGUCGGAGUGCAAGUCCUGCAACGGAACCGGAACGCGGGUGCACUUCAUGAACGGCGGCUUCCAGAUGGCGUCAACGUGUGGAGCCUGCGGCGGAACGGGCACGACCAUCCCCCGAGGUUCGGAGUGCAGGUCCUGCGCAGGCAACGGUGUUGUGAGGGAACGCAAGACCAUCACCGUCGACAUCCCGGCCGGUAUCGAGGACGGCAUGAGGCUGCGGGUUGAUGGCGCGGGCGACGCCCCCGUCACGGGCAAGAACGCCGAGGCCAACGUGCGGACGCAGAAGGGCGACCUCUACGUCUUCGUCCGUGUGGCGUCCGACCCCAAGUUCCGUCGGGCGGGCUCCGACAUUCUAUACACGGCGAGCAUACCCAUCACGACAGCCAUGCUUGGAGGAGAGGUCACGGUGCCCACGCUCGACGGGCAGGUGAAUGUCAAGGUGGCCACCGGCACGAACACGGGAGACAAGCUGACGCUCUCGGGCAUGGGCAUGAAGAAGCUUAACGGCAGGAGGGGCGGGUCCGGCGACCUGAAGGUCGAGUUCAAGGUCAACAUGCCCAAGUAUCUGAGCGCGAACCAGCGCACCCUGGUGGAGAUGCUGGCGAACGAGAUGGGAGACAAGACGGCUCGGCGGAUCAUGAACGUCACUCCACAGGGUAGAACCCAGCCGGUCUCGCCGGACGACUCCGAAUCCCACAAGAACGAGGGCUUCCUCAAGUCCAUGUGGCACACCCUGACGAACCACCCAGCCCACCAGAAGUCCUCGGAGACAGACGCGGACAAGUCGGCGACGGACAAGAAGACGGACGAGAAAAAGGAUGAGAAGAAGGACGAGAAGAAGGACUCCGGCUCCGGCUCGGCUUAG